GCGUAAUCAGAAAAAAAUUUUUUUUUUCGGCGAUUUUUAUGUACGUGCGGGCGGGUGAAUUUUUUUUUCUUUUUCUCGGGAAUGAAAUCAUUGAUGCGGUAGUUCCGACGAACGACAAAUCAAUUUGAUAUGGCCUUACAGAACUUUUUUUUUUCUGGGACCAGACAUGUAAUUUUUUAAGUAGUACAUACUGUAAAAUAAGUAGUACUUGCAGAGGGCUAAUUUUCAUGGAUUCAUUGAUUGAAUUAGUCCAUGAAGACAAGUGAAGUCCCAAUAAACAAGUGAUUUUAUCUUUGAGAGUUAAAAAUCAUAAUCCUAUGAAAUUAUUAUUUUGGUUAGAAUCGCAAAAUGUUGCCCAGGAAAUUGAAUGAUUUCACAGUAAUAUUAUACCUCAUGUUUUACAGUACUUCCCAGGUAGAGAAGAAGUGUCAGACUAUCUGUUUAAGGUAUCAGCAUGGUUACGUAGUGCUGGCUCAGAAAUUACAGGGGAUCAGUGGAUCACUUCACUAGAUGAUAAACAGUCGAUGGAAGAAUUUCUCCCAGAGCGUAUAGAGUGGGUUGGUUGCGCAGGAAGUGAGGCGCGGUUUAGAGGCUACCCGUGUGGAAUGUGGACACUGUUCCACACUCUUACAGUAGCAGCAUACCAGAAAGGAAGAGCAAAUCCUAAAGAUGUACCACUGGACGUCCUUAGUGCUAUACAGGGCUACAUGAAAUAUUUCUUCGGCUGUCAGAUUUGUGUGGAACAUUUUCUCAAAAUGGUAGACUUCAUUACUCCAGAUGACAGAACACCAGAGGGCGCUGUAAUGUGGUUGUGGCGAGCACACAACAUGGCGAACAAGAGACUCCAUGGCGACCAGUCUGAGGAUCCUAAACAUCCAAAGAUCCAGUUUCCUUCUAAAAAUCUGUGUCCAGAAUGUCGUAAUGGUGAUAACUGGAGUAAUGACAAAGUUUUAGAGUUUUUGCUUUCAUUUUAUGCGAGACUAAAUAUUGUGCCUGUAGCAGACGACAGUAAUGAGGAGGAAGUAGGAAGAACCAGUAAGUCCGCAGAUAAUGACAGUAACAAGCUUGAUUGGUGGGAAUUGCAGCAGAGAAAGAAUGAUCUGGAAAAAAUAAGGUCUUUAAGACAGCAGAAAUCAGAAAAGCGGCAAAACAAGAAGAUAUAAAUGUCCGAGCUUUACUUACAUGUAAUUAUGCUUUAAUAUAUUUUGCUUGUUUGGUAAAUGGUUGUAUUUUUCAUUACUUGAAUGUACAAUGUAAUUUGUACUCAUUCUGUCUCAUUUUAUCUCACAUAUCUUUCAUGACCAUAUCAUUUAUUUUUACCUUAUUCUCUACAAGGAAUGACGUCUCUCGUAUCAAAUGUUAAGUGGACCAUGAUCGUAUAAAGCAUUUUGAAUCACUGUUAGGCAUAUCAACUACAUUUGUGUGUUCGGAUAUGUAAAAACGGUUGUCCCGCUGUUUGAAGGGCAACAUUAAGAACUGUUGCCCUUGACUUAUCAGCCUCUUCUACAGUUCUAAAGUUGUCCCUGUUACCUCGGUGAAAAUAGUUUUGACUGUUCUCAGAAUACACAUGAAAUGAAUAAAUAUUAUUGAUAGUGUAUAAUGAAAUGUCAUAUUUAGCAAACUUUUAUCAAAGUUAUUUGUAAACAACAUAUUUAACUGUUACUAAUAGUUUCUGUUAGUUGUUAACAGAUUAAUUGAUGAAAUUUAAAUAAAUACAUGAUAACUUGCUGAACUUACUACCAAAAUUUUAGAAUUUUUUUUGUGUUCUAUUUAAGAAAUAAUAUAUCUCAUCCAGUGAUUUGUCGUUGAAUAAAUCAUUGCUUGGAGUUCAGAUGCGAAGGAAUUAUAUCACGAGGGCGUAGCCCGAGUGAUAUAAUAAUACGCAUCUGAACGACAAGCAAUGAUUUAUUCAAGAGCAAAUCACUAAAUGAGAUAUAUUAUUUCGAUUCUAACACGUUAUAAAGGAUUUUAAAGUACAUCCUUAAUGACAUGCAUUAAAUAUUUGCGCGUUUUCAAUCGGUUUCUUUUCCAGCGCGCCGCUAUGCCGCUUGACGCCAUGACGUAAUAAUUGUGACGUCAGAGCAGUGAUUUGUUGUAUGAUAAUUCACUGCUUUCUUCCUUCUUUGUUUAAUAGGAAAAUGAAUCGGAUCGUGUUAGAAUUUAUGUUUUAAACUGUCGAAAGUGAAAAUUCAGAAAUAUGUUUUAUACAAAUACCAUUUAAGGUUGAGAUCAUUUUGUUACUAUAGUAACAAACAGCUGAACACUUUAGGCGGCCUACUGUUUACAUGUGUAUUUCAUUUCCAUUUUACUUACAUUCAGAUUAUAAUCUACAACUAGUUAUUUAUUCUUUCUCUGUAUUUUGUAAUGUUUAAAAUUGUAUUUAAAAUGUAUAACUUAAUUUGCAUGUUUUUAAAAGUUUUAGCAUGAAAUUAAGCAUUUCUUGAUAUUGCCAAUGAUGUUUGAUUUCUCAUGUAAUUAUAUUCACAUUGAUUGAACAGACUCGUACUGAGCUUUUAUUUUUGCUUGUGUUCUAUGUUUCCAAACGCUCUACUUUAAUACAGUAAUACAGAUUUUAAUCUACACUCGAAAUUAUAAGUGUAUUUGACUUGUAAGUUUUAAAAUGACGUUGCUUGAAGGUUGAGCAUUCCGGAGGUCACAAUGCUCAAAUGGCUGUUAAUCAUUUGUUUAAGGAUGUCGCAUCAUCAUAAGAGAUAUAUGCAGUUUACCCACCACAAUAGAUUUCUUAAAUAAAUACUGCUGCAACUUUUAUAUUUCAUCAGCAUUCACAGAAUAAAAUAUUAGAAAACUACUACAUUUCCUAUCUGUAUAUCCAGUAAAACAUGUGUUCAUUGUUUACCAAAACCAUUGACUGUAUAAAGAAAUUUUCCAACUGUCUGUUGAAAUCUAUGUCAAACUGAAGAAUGAACACUUGAAGAUAAUUUUGUAGGCUACAAGAUUAAUGAAUAAAUUCGUUAUAAGUUUGUUUGUUUACCGGUAUGUAACAUCAUGUGAUAGGUGUUAACAUUUAUUAUUUUGAAGAAAAAAAUCAGUACACUGAGAUAGGACUCGUAAUUGGUGAAAACACAUGUAGGUCUGUGUAAAAUAUUGUGUUUGUGAACAUGGCUGUAUGCUUGUUUAGUAAAAUCUGUGUGCACAUUCCUGGCUCUACACAAGUAUUAAAUGUUAAAUGUUUUGUAUGUGUAUGUGUGCUUUUUUUUUGUUUCGUGUAAUUUCAGUGUCCAGAUCAAGGCCCAUAUUCAAAAAUGUUUAAAGUCUGAAACUUUGACUUUAAAAUGCUAAAUGUACAUUUUGCUCUGGCAUUGUCAAACAUGCAUAGAUGAGAUGGAAAUUACAUUCUGCAGUUAAUGAUGACUCAGCAAAAUUUCAGCAGUAUGACUAAGCUAUAGAGAAAGUUAACACUUCAAACGUUAAUGAAUACGAGCCCAGAAGAUGAACUUAAGCGUUUUUUUUUAUCUGCAUAAAAUAUUUGUAGGAAUGAUAUGAUAGAAGUAGUUAGGUUGUAAGUUGUGAUGUGAACAUUUAAAUAUAGCAUGUGUAUAGAUACGAUAAUUUCAUUUUGGAACAUUACAGAGCAUAAUUCCACUGUAUGUGUUUGUUUUACGCUUUUUAUGUAUGUUUUGUUACUAGUCAAAUGGUGCAAUUAUUUUAGAAUAUAUCAAAAUAUACAUAUAUGAUAUGUAUAAAUUUUAAUAUGACAAAAUCAUGUGAAUUUUAAAUGAUACAUGUUAAAGCUGAUGUCAUGUCGACUUACUAUUAAGGGUCCAAGAAAUAGUUCUACAAUAUAUGGUCUACUAUGUUACAUUUAGGUAUAUUAGGAUGAAAUAGUCAAUAGCAUAAGUGUUUUCUGAUUGAUAACAUUGACAUGCAGAUUUUGAGGAACAUUUAACCUCUUCUUCAUGUUUAAAUCAAUUAAAACAUGCUUCUGUUAUAAUUUAUUUCUUAAAUAUAGAUUGUAGACAAAUUGGUUAGUAACUUAUUUUAAUUACGAGCAGUAGAAAGUGAAUACAUUUUUUUCCCUGGUAGUUAUAACACAGGAGUUAAGCAGUAGAUUUAGGGAUGUCAGAAAAUUCUAUGGAUGAUGACUGGUUAUAACAGAGAACUUAAUUCAUCACCAGAUCUAGAAGUAUAUAUAUCUAAUCUCUUUUUAAAAAAAUGUCUACCCAUUAAUGAAUAGUAUUGAUGUUGAUAAUUUGUUAUAAGCCAAGAAUUACAGGGAAAAUCACUCUGUAUACUAUGAUUUUAUUUUGUGCAUAAAGUGUAAAAUAUUUUACUACACAUUUUACAGACCAAAGAUUUAUGUUAAAUACGACCCUUUACUUUUUACUAACAAAUUCAUAAUUAUCAUAUCAAAGUUCUUGCUCAUAUUUCUUAAUUUUCCACUGAGCCAGAAUAUGAGCUGCUUUAAAACAUUGAAUUUGAUUAAUGAAUACAUUAGUAACUUUUAUAAGAUAGAAAUUGUUUUGUUAUUGUAACUUACAAUUACGGUGUCAGAAUCAUGUUAAUUUUGCAUCUGGCAUGGUUAAAGGUUAUCUUGCAGUAUCAUGUUAGUUCUUGUGUAUUAUGACUUUGUAAUUUUUCAUUCCUAUUUUAUUGUUCUUCUAUGCUAUCGUGUUUUAUUUUACAUGUUUAUAUGACAAGUGUAUUAUUUGUUGUGAUUAUAUACAGCAUGGACCAUCCUUACAUAGCCAAGUUUGAUUGAUGAUUGUAAACUGAAUCAUUCAUGUACAGCAUGCUUACAAGGCCAAGAUUGUUUAAUGAUUGUAAACUGAAUCAUUCAUGUACAGCAUGCUUACAAGGCCAAGAUUGUUUAAUGAUUGUUACAUGAAUCACUCAUGUACAGCAAGCUUACAAGGCCAAGAUUGUUUAAUGAUUGUUGUAGGAAUCACUCAUGAACAGCUUGCUUACAAGGCCAAGAUUGUUUAAUGAUUGUGAUAUGAAUCACUCAUGUACAGCAUGCUUACAAGGCCAAGAUUGUUUAAUGAUUGUUACAUGAAUCACUCGUGUACAGCAUGCUUACAAGGCCAAGAUUAUUUAAUGAUUGUUGUAGGAAUCACUCAUGAACAGCUUGCUUACAAGGCCAAGAUUGUUUAAUGAUUGUGAUAUGAAUCACUCAUGUACAGCAUGCUUACAAGGCCAAGAUUGUUUAAUGAUUGUUACAUGAAUCACUCAUGUACAGCAUACUUACAAGGCCAAGAUUGUUUAAUGAUUGUUACAUGAAUCAAUCAUGUACAGCAAGCUUACAAGGCCAAGAUUGUUUAAUGAUUGUUACAUGAAUCACUCAUGUACAGCAUGCUUACAAGGCCAAGAUUGUUUAAUGAUUGUGUAUGAAUCACUCAUGUAAAUCUUGUCAAAUGCUGAUCUUUACUUAAGCAUGUAAUUGCAUAUACUGUGGAGUCUUUUAAUUGUGUUGGCUGAAAAUUUCACGGUUUCAGUGAAAACCACUGCUCAUAAGCGCAUGAAUUUGUUAAUUCUAAAUUUGAUAAAAGAAAUUUGAAUUUUAUUUGUUCAUUAACUUUUAGGGAUUCAGUUUCUCCGAUUUAUGCAACCCUGAAAAUGAAUCAUCAGCAAAUCAAGCCUUUAGCCUGUUGCCGGCAAGUGAUUUUUGCCUAUGCGACCAGUGCAGACCAAGAUCAGCCUGCAUGUCUGCUAUUGUGUCAAUAAAUUUUCAUUGAACACCCCUUCAAAUAAUAAAUGGUACUGCCCAAAUUGAAUGAUAGAGCAGUCCAUUUUAGAAUUUAGCAGGGUAAAGGUUUUAAAUGAUUUCACAUCAUAUGCAUUUUAAUUGACUAUGUUAUUUUUAAUUAAUACAGUACUUUUAUAUAAAGUACUUGAAAAUGUUCCUUAAAUAAAAUGUUUUCUAAACUGGUGCAAGUUUAAGCACACAACAUAUCAAACAAUCAGACAAUGUCUUACAUUAGUGUAAGACGGGAAGCUCAAAGUGCUGUCUGCUCACAUUCAAUGCGAAAUCCUUAACUUUUGUAGCUUUAAAUAGAUUUUGUGAGAUUAUAAAUGUUCUGAAAUUUUUCUGGAGUGUCUUUUUAGACAAAAUGACUUAUUUUUUCUUCGCGAAAUAAGGACUUUGUAAUAAAAAGAUUUUUAUUUUUUUAAUGAAUGAAAAUACAAAUGAAGGUUCUAAAUGGACUAUCCUCCGAAAUAGUUUAUGUUGCAUACAUUGUUUGUUAUCAAAUGUCAUGCUGCCGUUUGUGAAUGUUAAGGAGAGUUAUUGUCAUGUCAGCCCUUCUGCUUAGCUCAGUAGGAGAGCACAGAUCUGUGGAUCUCAGGGCCGAGAGUUCAGUUCUUGGGCGGGGCGCAUGUUCUCAGUGAGGAUUUGAUAGAAGACAUUGACAUUGUUUCUGAAAUCAUUCGUCUUCCACCUCUGAUUCAUGUGGGGAAGUUGGUAGUUACUUGCGGAGAACAGGUUUGUACUGGUACAGAAUCCAGGAACACUGUUUAGGUUAACAGCCAGCCGUUACAUAACAAAUACUGUUGAAAAACAGUGUUAAACCAAAAACAGACAAAUAAAUUAUUGUCCAUGUCGGCCAAAUGCAUGAGGAUAUAUGGUGUUGAAUUCAUCGGCCUACUGUGUAUAAAACAAGUUUUAUCUGCGCUCUAAAUAUGUCUAAAGAAAAGAUAUGUUCACAGAUUUUUGAGGAGUUUUUAUUAUCAUUCUAUGGAAGUAUCUAUCAUGAAUAGACUGAUCAACAACAAAAAUAUUUUUGUUUUGAAUAAUUGUAGAAUGAGAUGUGACUCUUAUGCAGUUGUGUCAUAGCUGCAUGUUUGUUCAAUAGAAUUUUGUUAUGGAUAAAUUGUACACUUUUGUCACUCCAUUCAUUGAAAGGGAUGGACAGAAGUUUAGUUCUCUGACAGUGCAGGUAUUAGUAUGCAAGACUCUUGGUAGUUGUGUAAUUUGCAGGUUUGAUUUUAGACUGUGUUAUCAGUAACAAAUAAAUAUGUCUAUCUCCUACCUCGGGUCUUUACUGAUUGGCUCUGAUGCAAAACAGAUAUAUAAUCACCCAGUAUUGAUACAAUCUCUAGGGAAAAAUCACAUACCCUCAUGCUUCCAUACUAGAUUUAUUGCUUACAUUUACACAUGUGUAGUCAUAUUAUACUUUAAUAUUAGCCUAAUUUAUGGCUUAAAUAACAAUGUAAACAAGCUGAGUACAAAAACAUAGAAAGAUAGAGUUAUUGAGUAACUUUUGGCCUAGUGAAAAUAUUUAAUAUGAUUUAUUGUAUGUUUGUAUUAUUUAUAGGUUAAUUGGUUUAACCCAUUUUCAACAUAAUUUAAGUUACUAAACUGAACAAUUGUCAGUUAGCGUUCUGAGAUUCUUUACCAGUACUCGUUUGUUCACUAUAUUUAAGUAAUUGACAACUUCUUCACCUGUGUCCAAGGUGGAAGAUGACUUACAUGCUGUCAUGGUAAAUUAGCCCUGGAGAAGAUAUGCUGUGUCAGGGGAUUGAACAGGCAACCUCCAGAUACAUAGUAUUGUGUACCAAGUACAGCUGGCAGAGUUUUUGUUUGAUUUAUUAGAUGCAUCUCAAUUAACAUUCUACUUACAAAAUUGUCAAUUUUUUAUUUUAUUAUUUCAGUGUACUGAGUUCUUCAUAGAUGUGAAUAGCAGAACUUACACAAUGUAUUUGGAAAGACAUGCUUCUGUUUAUGUAAAAUUUUUACAUUCCAAUACAAAUAUACUGCAAGACA